AUGGAGAUUAUCGACCAAAUAGAAUCCUUUAAAACAAUCCAGGGAGUCUUUCAAUUCUCUCACGUUGAGUUCUUCAUCCUAGAAGAUGGCAUUCUCUACCACGGCACUUGGAAAGACCGCAAAACCCGGCCUCGCGAAAGAAGACAGCUAGCAGACAUCCAAAUCAUCAUUCGGGAGAAUCGUGGACCCUGGAUCCUGGAUUCUUGGUCUGUGGUGUCUGGAAAUGACAGCUACAUCAAAACACCCAAGCUCUUCGCGUACCUUGCCGGUGCAGCCCUUGAGAAGCAGAUCCUCCGUGAAGUGGAAACCUGCGAACUACUGCGAAGGCAUCCACACCGUAACAUCGCCAUUUACCACGGCUGCCAGAACACUCGAAAUCGAGUCUCCGGGUUGUGUUUCAAGCGAUAUUCAGUCACUCUUUUCGAAGCCGCAAAUCCUCGGCAUUACGGUAAAAACCAUUUCCGUGAGAGUGGGCGGGAGUUCGUCACCGAACCUAUCAAGGCAGCUCUCAAUGGGAUCUUGGAUGGCAUUCGACAUCUCCACUCCCUGGGCCUUGUCCACAAUGACAUUAACCCGGCGAAUAUCAUGCUGGAUGAGAAUAAUGUUCCCGUGCUCAUCGACUUUGAUAGUUGUCGCCGCAUUGGAGAGUCCUUAAGGGAUACAAGAGCCAAAAGAACUCACGAGUGGCACGACCCUGAAGUCGAGGUCGCCGCGGAAAAGAAUGAUUUGGAUGCCUUUACGGAUCUCAAGACAUGGUUAAUUGGCCAGGAGAGCCAAACUUAUCUGUUCAGCUCAGGUGGUGAAUAG